AUGGUCAAGUCUCUCCGCUUAUGUUGGAACCCAGUACUUGACGAGUUCAGGCUCAAUGUCAUACCAACUCCAGCACGAUCAAAAUCGACCAAAAGAACACUUCUAUCCGAUUUGAACAAGGUGUUUGACCCCAUAGACAUUCAUGAUCGGUGGAUGUCAUUCCAUAAGGAUUUAGAGAAACUGCAAAAUGUAUCCAUCCCAAGAAAGGUUCUACCCAAACCAAAUGAAUUCCAAAUACACGGAUUCUGUGAUGCAUCGCAAGAAGCCUAUGGGGCUUGCAUAUAUAUACGAUCGCGCUGUUCCGAAAAUACGUGGCAGGUUCGACUGCUGUAUGCUAGGAGUAGUGUAGCGCCAACAAAUGGUUCAACAAUUCCUCAUGUUGAACUGAAUGGUGCCUUGGUAUUAGCACAAUUACUCCAAAAGCUAGCGGAUGCUUGGGAAAUUGAUCGUCAUAAGUGUAAUUUGUGGACAGACUCCACUAGCUUACAAAUGCAUCAAUGGAAUUAUGUAAGAACAGAUAAGAACCCUGCUGAUAUGAUAUCUCGAGGUACUAAUGUAACGGAGAUAAGUGCUUCUAAUCUUUGGUGGAAUGGACCUGAUUGGAAGAAGAAAUACCUGAUACAAUUUGCAUUAGUCGGAGUUCAAUCUAAUCAAGAGUUGGUUCAACAUUACUCCUCCUGGUCACGGCUGCAGAGAGCAACAGCUUGGUUAAAAAGACUUGUAGAAUAUUUGAGAACAAGAAGGGUACCAAGUGAAGUUCAUUUGUCUGUAAGAGAACUGCAAGCGGCCGGAGUAUGUAUACUGAAACAAGUCCAAGCCGAAUGUUUCCUUGAUGAGUUGCGAUCUCUGGAAUCUCAAAGGGCGUUGAACCUAAAAAGUAAACUGAAGUCCCUAUGUCUAUUUAUAAAGGACGGACUAAUCUUGGUUGGUGGACGUUUGAACAAUUCUGGUGUUUUACCACAAGUUAUACCUCCACCAACAGAUUUGGACAAAGUUUUCAGAAUGAUAGAUGAAAUAAUGUAA